AUGGCACCACAACACCUUCCCGCCCUGCCUCCUCCUCCUCCUCCUCCUCCUCCUCCUCCUCCUCCACCACCACCACCACCCCACCACACUUCAACACUCACCCAAGGCAAGCACCCAACUGCCACCUCCCACGUAAGUGGAAAGUGUGCAUCUCGACUCGGUCCCCAUGCGGCUCCGGCUGCACGGGUGACUUGAGUCUGAGACUAUUCCGACACGUCAAGCGUCGUGGAUAGGAAGGUUGCUGAUUUACGUCCCCAUUCGGUCCACGGAGUUCGUCCAAUUAUAUGUGUUGUGCGGAGUGGCGGACUGGCGGGCUGGGGACGGGCUGAAAAAGCACCUUCCACGGCCCUCCCACGCAAGUGAGAGUCACGCCGUUGAACCCCCGUUGUGUGAAAUCCUGGUGUUUGUGUGUUUGGGGGGCCAGGUCGUGCACGUGGCGGCGCAGUCAUGGUCAGUCGACCAUGACAGCCCCGCGCCCAUUUCCUACUCCAGUUUGCUGACCGGCUCAGACAGCGACUGGCGUGUGGGAAUGGGAAGGGAGAGUGAGGUCGACGACUCAGCUCACUUUCCUCACAAUAAACAAUCUGAGGCGCUUGAAGCUAUCACGGUGCGCUAAAAGCCGUGGCUUGGAAGGUUGCCAACUGACGGGGUACCUUGGACCUCCAGCUAAUCUGGAGGUCUGAGAGUUAGGCUGCAAUGGCUGUUUCUUAAUGUGGCCUUUAUGGCACUCCCACCACAGUGUGGGAUCCGAGCCAGGCGUUGGCGGCACGCCUAGGUGCGGCUUCGGCCCUACCAGCCUCCACUCUCCGAUGUGUUGGUAAAAAUCCUGGUCAUUUAUUGUGUGGGCCAGGGUGUGUGGUGGAACGCCAAGGUGAGGAUCCGUCCGAGCAAUCCACCUGCGGCCUCCCGCGUCUCCUGUCUUCUUGACUCUGUCUUGACACUGGGCUCAGGCGGGGGAGGAGGAGAGAGUGUAGGUAGAUGCAGCGCAAGUCUACUGGCACUAUAAACCCCUGCGCAAGUCACCGUCCCUGCUCCCACCGCCGCUGCAGCUGUGGGGUACACGGUGGACAUCAUCGAAAUCGAUGGUCGAACGACCGUAUUUUCGAGAUAGCUGGGCAUUUAUUUUAUGACAGUACUUAACAAGGAUAUGGUGUACACCCGGUAAGGAAACGCAAUAAAAGAGAAUGUCGAUCGAUAUUUAUUUGCACGUGUCAGAAAAAAAAAUAAAAAGACAUCACAAUGGAUGUUGCAAGAGCGUUGUCAAGAGGUUUUAAGGUAGCCAUCGUACUGAGAAAUACGACCCUGCAGCACUUAGUUGACAGCAGUUUCAGAGAGGGAUUCAUUUUAUUUAUUAUUGGCAUUAGAUAUUAAGAAUGGCGUCACCUCUUAAUUGGGUACAGUGCGGAGGAGCAACAGUUGGAAUGCCACAAAUUCUUACAUGUUCAACUAUUUUGCUCAACAAAAACGCUUUCCUAAAUAAGCAGCUUCCGGCAUAACUCAUACCUUUGCCUAGUUUUUUUCUCCAGCAGGCAAGUCAACCACAACAAUGUAAGUCCAUAAAAAAGUGCGUUUUGCCCGAUGUCGACACUCUCCUUUUAAAUUGCUAGUGCUUCCUUUGAGUUAAUUUAAACGUAAGCCACAUUUACUUUUAUACCCGAUAGUUAAGCUGCAAUGAGUUUUCAUGAGUAUUUAGGGGCGUUAUGUGACAAGUAACGUGCCGGCCUAUUUAAAAGAAUAAACGUUCUGGAAACCAGCAGACUGACUCGUUGCCCGUUUAUCUGAUCGUAUACGCCAAAUUCGAUUGAAUGGAGAGUCUAUUGUCGAACGAAACGUGAGUAACUUGAAGGAAUAUUUCCCCGGAAUGAAUUUGAAGCAAGCAAGGACAGCAGAAUUUAAUGGCACCACAAAAUUUCGCGACCGCUUCUCAACUGCUGAUGGAGACUGUUCAUAGCAACAAGUAGGGGAGACAACAUCUCUAAUACCAUGAAGCGGCGAUUGAGAUGCACUAUUGAAAGAACUUACAACGCAGCGGAGCUCAUCUUCUAAAGUUCUACUAAGGCUAUCGAAGUUCCACGGGCGAAGGAUGCCUUGCCAUUGCACGCCACGUCAAAUUGUGUUUACGAAUUUACACGUACUUGUGGAUGCAAGUACAUUGGGCGAACGCAAAGGCAACUGGCAGCCAGAGCAGUUGAGCACCUGCCUAAAUGGCUUCUAAAGCAGGAGAGCAAGACUCCACGGUCUUCCAUUACAAAACAUCUCCUUGAUAGUGGCCAUUCGGUGGACCCUAAGACGUCUUUUCGAGUAUUAGUUCGAGCACGAACUACUCGGUUAUUGCGCUACCUGGAGGCAGCCUAUAUACGGCGGGAGAAACCCGACCUAUGUAAACAGUUAGACCACGUGGUCAAUCUCAGCUUGCUCUGGUAGACCCGAGCCCCUUUUGAGUUUCGAAAUUCCUCGGCAUGCCUAGUUCUCCAUUUUCAUUCCCGUGUUGCAUUUUGAAGUUACCAUUUUAUCGAUUAGUCUACGCGCAGUACACGUUGACCUUGCUGUUUUACAUCGAUUUUCUCUGUCGAAGUUCAAACCUUUGUACCUUUCUCACUUGUUAUUUCUGUUAUGCAACGACCGGCAGCAGUUGAGAAGCGGUCGCGAAAUUUUGUGGUGCCAUUAAAUUCUGCUGUCCUUGCCUGCUUCAGAAACGUGAGUACUAAAAGCUUUCCUAGCACGUUAAGGGAAGCAUCGAAAACCGCUCCAAACUUGCAGAGCUCAGCUCGCCAAAACCACACCCCUUUUAAUACAAGUCGCGACUAGAUGAAGAGCUGUUUCUGUUUAUAAUCGAUUUAUAGACGCUGGCUAGUUUGCCGCUCUUGCAGUUGAGGCAAGGUAUGUGGGACUGAGGGCCACAUCUCAACAAUAUUAGCAGUCACGAUAACAACAGUUUCCGUCCGUUGCUAGUGGACGGCGAAUGCAUCGUCAUUUCAUUUAACGCCAACUACCUUCCAUGUAGUAAUGUGCCCAUUCGCGUCAUGUGACUGAUGACCUCUCGUGGCUUUGAUUGGUCGUUACGUACUGGUAAAAUAGUGGGACAUGCAAUGCUGGUUGUUGAAUAGACUGCUAUCACGGCGUCUCAACGAUUCUGCUGCAACACCAAUUCUGCGGCGUAAACUAAGGACAUCACAAGGUUCGUGAUAUGUUGGCAUAUGUGAUAAGACUAAACGCUGUUUUGGUUGUGAAUGUAGGGUUGAGAGUGAACCAUUAGGUUGAGGACAUCCGAAAACAAAUUUGGGAAUUUAUCCAAACCAUGCUCUGGGCACUUUUGAACCCACACAUUCGCAGUGCCAAGACUAGGUUGGCGUCUGCUUUCUAAUGGAAAUUGACCCCAAACGACCAACAUUACAAAUAAGAGCGAUAUAAACCUGCUCGAAUACUUCGCACGCAGAGGUCAGGAACAGUACAAUUUCGGGAAGUUACGAAUUCAUCGGUUGGCAUAGAUGAAAUAAGAAAUACAAAUUGACGAACGCCCUGGUGAAUCAAAAACCAUCCGGUGACCUCCACGGUACGGUACAAUUGCGUUGUUAUGAAGCUGAACUAGCCGUGCAAAGAAUUAAGGGAUUCUAGAGCACUUGGUCAAACAGCCACCAAGUUACCGCACCUAAUGCCUGACUAGGACUGUUUUGUUUUAGGGCGGUAAAAAGCAUGAUUUUAUUUUGAACUAACGACGUACAUUAUCUCCGUGUACAAGUUGGCACGCAGUGACAUUUCUACUAAGUCCCGAACAUUAACCAUUCUGAUUAUAUCUUUGCCCCUAACCACUGAUCAAAUUCCUCCUGCUCGAAAGUCAUCAAACAGCAUUUGUCGCUUUCCGCAAACCAAUUCGACCUUUAAGACCAAUGUUAAGCUAACCAACCAAAGAUGACAUAAUCCGUCCCCCCAAAAAGUGCACACAAGUCCCAUACAUGGCAUUCCUAAAGUGCGUUUUUAACGUGAAACCACAAUUUGCAACAAAUGUGGAGGACGAAGGCAUAGAACUUCGAUAACAUGAUUGUGUACUUUGACUCACUUAAAGUCUCAAUACUAUUGUAAUCAACAUGAGCCCAUCUGACAGUGGUAACACCGUACUCCAAGCACGUCCAUAAUCCCAAAAAGUGAGCAAAUAGGACAGUCAAACGAAUAUGCGAGAAGCUGCCAGCUGAUAGCUACAGAAACAAUGAGAGACGUUGGCCAACGGCCGAGCAACCAGCUUGGAUCUUUGACCCUAUUGCUCGCUCGCGACACCAAAAGAAAUCUCUACAAGCAGCAACGAUUGAUCUGUCCACCGUCUUAGGAAAAUGAGACUCACAAGCAUGCUGACGUCGCUACAAUUACGACCUCAGCAAAGGAUAAAAAGUUCAUGCGAGUCAACCGACGAUCGUUUUCGUAAAGGGGAACAGCUUUUCAGCAACAAUAAACCAUGCUAAUAACUGUGCGGGCGGCAAAGUUAAAAUACAAUCGGUAUGCAAGAAGCAUUAAGCAGAUUGCAAAGCACGUAUCGGCGAUGAAGAUGUUUCGGAAGCGAAACUUAAAAUAUUAUUUUGCCAGAUGUCCUGCUCACCACGUUGUUCCUUUUCAUAGGGUAAUGACAUGACUCGAUGAAAUAUCUCCCCCUCGAUUGUAUGGGCAUAAAAAAAACAUUGAUAGGAGAACGAAUAUGGGAGAUGUUGAUUGAAAUAAUCAGCAGAACUUCGUGCUUUGCCUUAAAUUUUAAUAUCAGGAAGUUCAGAUUCUUCAUUGAAUAGUAAACAUGUGGUGAGGUACCGGACUAAUUUAUCUUUGACAAUUUAAUCCCAUUUUCUUUGAUUGGAUUACUUGUUUGAAUGUGAUGAGAAACGACACACCUGUACAACCCGCCUUGCUAGCGUGCUCCGCAGUCGCGCUCCGCUGUUUAGUUUUCUUAACGUUCAAAAUCUCGAUAUCAUUCACUGCUCAGGUUUAUAUGCUGCUUUUAAGGCUAGAGGCUCGUGAGAUAUAAGUCGUUAGUUCGUGAGAACCUUACCUUCUACGACAUUGGUGACUCCCGACGUUAACGCAGACUUUAUACCUUUCUAUAUCCUACUGAAUAACUUUUUACUUACUAUUGGUUUGUGAAAGUUUAUUCCAUUGACAUUUACUUUCCUCGGGACUUCUGAUAGUUUACCAUUUCUGUCUUAUUAUGUCUCACUCCAACCAGCAAGUUGAUGCCCCCGCCCAGUCCCUUCAUGCCAUCAAUUUUACCUUGCCUGAAUUCUGGCAGCACGGUCCAAAACUUUACUUCCUCCGCAUAGAAUCAGCCUUUUAUACUGCCAACGUUUCCAAGGAGCUGGCGAAAAACCACAAAAUUGUGGAGGUUCUGCCCGCUAGUAUCAUCUGUCAAGUUUAGUCCUUGCUAGCUAAGCCUCCUGCAGAUGCCCCCUGCCCCACGUAAAGGGAGAAAUUCUCCGACUUAAUUUUCUGUCCAGUAUCACCAGUUACUUAAGGAGGAGUCACUGGGUGACCGAAAGCCCUCAGAGCUUCUACGUCGAAUGCGUUCUCACCUUGAAGACAUGCAAGUUGACGAUACAUUUGUCAAGGAAAUGUUCCUAGAGCGUCUGCCCGUAGAUGUUCAAACGAUCCUGGCGUCCGGCUCUCAAGAUUUUACGGCCUCACAGGUGGCUGAGAUGGCGGAUCGAAUGAUAGAGGUGCAGCGGUUCCAGUUACUUUCCGUUGCCCAGAUCUCAUCCUCGUCGUCAGUGAAUGAAUAUUUAGUGAAACAUGUGUCGGGCAUGGGGGAUGUGAUGGGCUCCCUUAAAAUACAGCUCGCCCGCCUUACUUCCAGUCGCCUACACAGCUGUCGUCUUUCUCGUUCGCCACCUCAGACUGCCGAUACUUGUUGGUAUCACACUAAUUUCGGCGUAAAGGCCCAUCGCUGCUCCUCACCCUACUCUUUUAAGCCAAAACAGUGAAACCAGUCAGCCAGAGCAUAGAUGCGACCGUUUUCUCUGUCUCUUCCGGCUCUGAUCGCGCCUUCUAUGUUUGCGACACUGCGACUCGCAGAAUUUUCCUGAUGUACACUGGAGCCCAAAUCAGCGUUGUUCCCCCAACUGCAGCUGAUCGUCGUUUCCCUAACCCUGGUCUUCGCCUCGAAGCUACCAACUGUUUCCCCAUUCCCUCUUUUAGCAGUCUCUCCCUCACCCUGAACAUUGGCCUUCGUCGGUCCUUCACCUGGAUCUUUGCGAUUGCCGAUGUCCCUCAUGCAAUCCUCGGCUCGGACUUUCUUGAUGAGUUCGAUCUGUAGUGGACAGCCACAGUGGCAACGUCGCGCCUCUCGCUAGCGCCUGCACCUACGCCCUAGCGACAGCCUGCUAUUACACGCACGUCUGCCCGACUUCGAUUUGUCUCGUUGAAAUUCGCUCUCUGCACCACGCAUUCGGUCGAUUCUCUGCCUGCACCACGCGAAGCUUGUCACUACAUUCGCGGGGGCUCGGAGCCCAUCAACGCAACUCCUUCUCUCGCUGACUAGUACUUUGGCGGGCACAACCCAUAACACUAGCGUAAACAAUUUUCCACGACACAUUUGCAGCGGCGACCUUCGGCGACACACGGCUCGUCGCUCUCGUGAUCGCCGCCUCCGCGUCCGGUUGCCACCUUUCCUUCAUUAUUCUGUACUGAACAAAUAAAUCAUUUUCCUUUCCGAAAGGCGUCCCGCUUCUUCGAACAUGAGAUAUGGCCUGAGGCUGUGGCGUACUGAGCGUACACCAUUACCGCUUGACCGCUACAGAUCCUCUUGUUGACUGCCGACGUGCCCGUCUCCUCGUCCACACAAAAGGUCUGUUCGUUUAUGGACUAACUCCCUUUACUCUCCCCACCAACUUAUCUGUCUUGGAUACGGAUAUUGCUAGCCCCUUUCGGCAACUGCUUCUUAGUCACCCCAACAUAAUUACCCCCCCCCCCAGUUCAGCAGUGGUGAGGUCCAACAUGAUGUUGUGCAACAUAUCUGCACCUCAGGUCCUCCGGUGUUUGCUCGACCGAGACGACUAGCACCGGAUCGUUUCCAGGCCGCGAAGGCGGAGUUUGAACACAUGCUGCAACUGGGAAUAAUUCGACCGUCCGAGAGCCCUUGGGCGUCCCCACUGCACAUGGUGCCCAAGGCAACAUCAGGCGACUGGCGACCCUGUGGCAACUAUCGUGCCAUCAACAGCGCUGCCAUCCCUGAUCGGUACCCCGUGCCUCAUCUUCAGGACUUUGCCGGAGCCCAUUUCGGCAUCGCGCUUUUCUCGAAUAUUAUUUUGGUGCCUGCUUUUCAUAAGCUUCCAGUCGACCCUGAGGACAUCCUUAAAACCGACGUCACCACACCCUUCGGUCUCUUUGAAUUCAUCCGCAUGCCGUUCGGUCUUUGUGAUGUCGCCUAA